AUAACAGUAGAGGACAAUAUGGGGAGCACAGAAGACGCUACCAAUUCUCCAGCUUCUUUGGACACUCAUUUCGUGGACAUCCACCAAGUCUUCCCUGAGGAUGGAGAAGCCAGAAGAUCAGUAGCGACAAGAAUGGCAGAUCAGAGGCCUUCCCACAGGCCGGUUAUUAGGACCCGAGAAGACAGCAGGCGGCAGCCGCCCAGGAAUUUGAGCAGGCAGGUGUCGCUGGAGACGGGGUUCUCGGUGCUCAACAGGGAGAGUAGGGGGGUUAGAGAUGGUGAUGAGAGGAGGAUGCUUCGGAGGAGUGGACGGAGCUUUGGAGGGAUCAGUUCAGUUCACAGGGCUGCGUUGGCGGCGGCGGAUGGAGGAAGAAGGGCGGAUUUCGACAUGUUCAGGACCAAAGCGGCGGCUCUCAGUAAGCAGAACUCGUUGUUGCCUAGCGGCCGGAAGGAGAGAGAGAUGGUGAUGGAGAAGGAGAAGAAGAAGAACGAUCAUCAUCAUGGCCAUGGAUUUGUGCAGGAUGAAGGCGGCGGCGGCGGCGGUGUUAACAGAAGCGUGCCCGCUGGAAGGUAUUUUGCUGCUCUUAGAGGACCUGAGCUAGACCAAGUCAAGGACUACGAGGACAUUCUCCUCCCCAAGGACGAGAAAUGGCCUUUCCUCCUCCGAUUCCCCAUCGGUUGCUUCGGCAUCUGUCUCGGCCUCGGCAGCCAAGCCAUCCUCUGGCGGGCCCUCGCCACCAGCCCCGCCACCGCCUUCCUCCACAUCCCCCUGUACAUCAACCUUGGCCUCUGGCUUUUAGCCCUCGGGGUGCUCGCCUCGGUGUCCACCACCUAUUUGCUCAAAUGCCUCUUCUAUUUCGAAGCCGUCCGGCGAGAAUACUUCCACCCCGUUCGAGUCAACUUCUUCUUCGCCCCAUGGGUCGUCUGCAUGUUCCUCGCCAUUGGCGUGCCCCCGAUGAUCGCCACCGGAGUCAUCCACCCGGCCAUUUGGUGCGCUUUCAUGGCGCCCAUUUUCGUCCUGGAGCUGAAGAUCUACGGCCAGUGGCUCUCCGGGGGGAAGCGGCGGCUCUGCAAGGUAGCCAACCCGUCUACUCAUCUCUCGGUGGUCGGGAACUUCGUGGGGGCGAUUUUGGCGUCCAAGGUGGGGUGGAAGGAGCCGGCUAAGUUCCUAUGGGCAGUCGGCUUUGCGCAUUACCUUGUGUUGUUUGUCACGCUGUAUCAGAGACUACCGACGAGCGAAGCUCUCCCGAAAGAACUCCACCCUGUGUACUCCAUGUUCAUCGCCGCUCCGUCUGCGGCCAGCAUUGCUUGGGAAGCCAUUUACGGCGAGUUUGAUGGGUUGUCCAGGACUUGUUACUUCAUCGCCUUGUUCCUCUAUGUUUCUCUCGUUGUGCGCAUCAAUUUCUUCUGGGGUUUUAGGUUCUCGGUGGCAUGGUGGUCAUACACCUUCCCCAUGACGACGGCGUCACUGGCAACCAUCAAGUAUGCAGAGCACGUACCUUCGGUGCUAACCAAAGCCCUCGCUUUAACUCUUUCCUUCAUGUCCUCAGCCAUGGUGUUCGUCCUGCUGGUGUCGACGCUGCUGCACGGCUUCGUCUGGCAGACGUUGUUCCCGAACGACCUCGCCAUCGCCAUCACAGAGCGACGACAGGCCAAGGAGAGGAAGGCGCCAUUGAAGAACAUAAGGCGCUGGACCAAGACUCCUCUCUCCCUGGUUUCAUCCAUAGCCAAACACAACUCCGGCAACAAGCAGCAGCUGGGUUAUUCUGAUGCGCAGAAAGAAGGCGACCUCGAUUGAUUAAAACUGCAUUAUAUAUAUAUAUACAUAUAUAUGUGCUCAAUUGUAAAGAUGGGAGAAAUUAAAAUUAGAUUAAGCAUUGAUGAUGUGCUUCUUUUAUUUAGGGACGUUUGUUAAUCAAAAUAUUAAGUAGAAAAGUUAAGAUAUGGAAUGCAUCCCGAAUUUCUAUUUUUUUCAACAUAUUUGUUAAGU